AAAAGAACCUCCUCACCCCUUCCCACUCUCAUUAUUUCGGCCAAGACCAAGCAAGGGAGGAGAUAACACCCCAAAUUCACCAUCUUCAUAUCCUACAACCGAGCUCAAUCAAAGUAAUGGUCCAAGGAAGAAGAAAGAGUGAGAAAAGAAGAGAAAAACCUUGAUUAAUUAAGGAAUUUUACCAAGGUAUUCUAGACUUCUCAAGGAAUAUAGGAGUGGCCGGAAAGUCGCCGGAGCCGCCGGAGUUUUCGCCGGAAAAUUCAAAGGUCACCGGAGUUCAAACAAAGAGGAUAAAAGCUUGCUAGCGUCAUUUCAAGGUUGAAGCUAGAGCUUACUUCCUGCACCCGUUGCUCGUGAGAUCGAUGGAGAGAAGACGUGGAAUGGGUGGUAGCAAUAGGGCGGUUCGAGGAAAUCCGAGAGGGCGCGCGCCGGGGAUAGCCGGGCAUACCAAUCGGGGAAUACCACGGUCGCCAAAAAGGCGAGGUGGGGGCCACCAGGGCCAACGAACACAAGCCGCAGUGGCUUAUCGCAAUGUGACCGAAUUCGAGUCGUGGAACUCGGAGGAUGACUCAACUUAUCACCCUGAAGGUGAGUCAGAUGAAACUUCUUUUGAGGGAAACAGUGGAGAGGAUAUACACAGUAUUCCUCCUGACCAGAUUAGUGAGAUGUACCGAUGGUACCAGUGUGAAAGGGAAAGACAACGACAGAGAUCCCAGGUGGGACAUGUCAGAGAUGAGACCUCUCGUAGGAGGGGUCGGAGUGCUCAUGAAGCACAGGUUAGGAUAGUCAGAGAUUCUGAUGGCGAAGGACCAUUCAUUAAGAUCUCAAAGUACCUCAAGGAGGCUAGGGCCUUGGGGUGCAAACCAUUUGAUGGGACGGGUGAUAUCUCAGAAGCAGCCGAAUGGAUAAAAAGGUUAAAUGAUGCAGCUGAUGACAUGCAAGUGGUUCCUGAACGGAAGUUAAGGGUAGCCACUAGAUUAUUGGAAGGUUUAGCUUCUACUUGGUGGGAAGGCAUCAAGAGUAAGUUUGACGGGGUUGUCACGUGGGACAACUUUGAGCAAGCAUUCUAUGAGCAGUUUUACACCUCUUUUGAAGUAAAUCGAAAGAGGAGGGAAUAUACCAAUCUCAAACAGGGCAAUGAGUUCACAGUGAAACAAUUGGAACAAAGGUUCCGACAUUUGGCAAGGUUCUUGCCUGAAUAUGCCGCAAAUGAGGAUCGAAUGGCGAACCAUUUUUGGAACACACUAAAUUUGGAGGUACGUGAAAGGGUGACCUACCAAUUCAGCAUGACUUUCAGUCAAGUAGUAGCCCAGGGUCUCCAGGGGGAGGAGCUUUGGGAGGAAAGACAAGCAAGGGGUGUUAAGGAAGCACAAGAAAGGGAUCAAGUGAUCAAUCAUCCUCCACAACGAGAGAGAAGGUAUGACCUUCAGAGCAAGAGAGACUCUAACACGUCAGUUCCGUUUCAAAGAGAGAGCCAAGACUGGGUAAGUCGAAGCUCAAGCACUCGGGGAACGGGAGCACCCAAAUGUGAGAAUUGUAGGCGAAAGCACUACGGGAUAUGUCUAGAACCAUCUAGAUGCUACUUUUGUGGAGAAACGGGCCACAUAAAAGCUCUUUGUCCUCAACGUGUACGGGGAGGAGCCUUGGGGGCCCAGAGGGGAGUCACGGAGGUUGCAAACCCAAUAGGGAUUGCUUCAAAUGUUUUACCAUCCACCAAUCGAGGAAGAACUCGCUCGUGAAGGCGAUGAAUGACAGAAGCCAUUUGUGGGAAUGACUAUGACAUGAGGUGGGAUGUGAGAGUUAUGGCAUCAAAAAGGACAUGGAGGGACCUCACCCCUCACUCAUGUGUUUAAUGAGACAAAAGAACCUCCUCACCCCUUCCCACUCUCAUUAUUUCGGCCAAGACCAAGCAAGGGAGGAGAUAACACCCCAAAUUCACCAUCUUCAUAUCCUACAACCGAGCUCAAUCAAAGUAAUGGUCCAAGGAAGAAGAAAGAGUGAGAAAAGAAGAGAAAAACCUUGAUUAAUUAAGGAAUUUUACCAAGGUAUUCUAGACUUCUCAAGGAAUAUAGGAGUGGCCGGAAAGUCGCCGGAGCCGCCGGAGUUUUCGCCGGAAAAUUCAAAGGUCACCGGAGUUCAAACAAAGAGGAUAAAAGCUUGCUAGCGUCAUUUCAAGGUUGAAGCUAGAGCUUACUUCCUGCACCCGUUGCUCGGGAGAUCGAUGGAGAGAAGACGUGGUUCGUGCUUCCUCUCGUUCCAUUUUUAAAUAAUUAAAUAAUGCUCAUGGAACUAUUUUGACUUAUAAAUUAAUGGAGCCUGCGAGCUCUUGUUUUACCCUUGUGUGGGUUCUUAUUAAAACACUUAUAUUUCGCUAUGUGUUUGAUUGUAUGUUGAUGUUG